AUGUACGAUGGUAUUGACUCUAGCUAUUUGACUAUUGAUAUACCAUCUGCAAUGCCUCAAAACUGUAGCACAGAUCAAACGUAUUUUCUCAACAGUUCUCACAAGAGCCCAUCCAAAGACCAUCUGGGAGCAAAUGAAAAUUUUGAAUCUCCUGUUUCAAGUAUUGGUUCGCCAGAUUUAAAACCAAGCCCUAACUCUGAUGAGUCUUUCAAUAAUUUGGACAAGAAGUCAUUUAAAAUUUUGCAGAGACCAUCCACAGCAAGGUCCACCGAAGGUAGAUUACACUUGGAUACAGAGGCCCUCUAUGUCAAUCAAUAUCCUAGAAGAGGUCACAGAAAAAAAACUUUAUCUUUGAAUCCAGAAGAGAGAGAAGCUCUUGAAAGUUUAAUUGAAGAUGUAAUCAUUGUUGGUUUGGAUGAUGCUGCCAUUGAUAGUGAAGAGAGCUCAGAUGAAAAUGUUGAAAAUGAUAAAAAUACAGGAGGAGAUUCUAGUAACGAAAAGCAUUCUCCGAAGUUUACUAACGAAAAUAAAGAAUUUGGUGAUAAGUUUAGCAAUCAAAGAGAAACCCCUAAAAAUAUUAGACCAAAGGUGAAUCAUGCAUCAAAUGCUCGAAUCUAUGGUAAUAAAGAAAUGAUUCGAAGACAUAAUGUUAACAAUGGAAAGGAUCUAUCCAGAAUGAAUUUUAAUAAAAACAAUAUGAAUAACGCAAACAAUAACGUUAAAGAUUUUGCAAGAAACCGAGAAAUCAAUUUUCUAAACAACAUUAACAAGUUGUCCAAAGAGCAACAAACAGCAAAAAAACUUUUUCCUAAUGUUGAAGGGCAUCAAAAGGGAAAUUUUCCUGAUGAAAAUGUGGAAAACAUCACUAAAAACUCAGUGACUGGCAUGCUAGGCAUUAACAUCUACCCAGCUCAGUUGAAGGUGGCUAUAAAGCACAUGGAUAGUUUACCACCAAGAUUUCUCAGACGUUUACAAACAGGUCAGAAUAGGAUCAGUGGAAGCGAGCCUGCAUUACAAAGUUUACCUGAACUCAAUGGGAAUGGCAAAGAUGCAUCUUUAUAUGGACAGCCACCUUCUCGAUUAACGGUUGGUUCGGAUAUUGGACCUUCUACAGCCAGCUCUGCCGAAAAGGAUCGUACCAAGUCAAAACAAACGCAAUUGGAAGAAACUAAAAAAAUAAUUCGCAAUUUGCUAAGUGAUCUGGAUCAAUACACCGAUGAGGGCAUUACUACUCCGGGCUUGAAAGAUAAAUGUCCAUUCAAUCCACCACCAUUUCAAGAAAGCAAGAUGGCCUAUGAAUUCAAGCCUCCCAUGCCUAAUCCUGUGAUACUGUCUCCUAAUUCACUUUUUCGAAUGCCUCACACAAGAUUUAACUCUGAAUCACAACUGAAUACUUUAGAUUUACCCCAACCUACAACUGUCCAAGUGAACCCCAAAGGAUUUUUAUCUUAUUCUACGGAUGCUUUUCGGAGUAGGGAAUUCAACUCCUUAGAUGUUGCCCACAGUUCAACUGGAUAUCUUAACUUAACUUCAAAACAACCAAGUCAUAAUUAUGAUGUUAGUGGCGUUUAUUUUCAUAAUGAUCACCUAAUGGGUUAUCCUAUGUCUCAUCACAAGAAAACCAAUUUGAAAGUUGAUGCUCCAAUAUUUAUAUCCAAUCAAUUCCAAGCAAAACAGAAUACAUCUGCUACAAAAUCUCAACACACGGAUGCUAAGCCUGUUGAUAAUAACAUUGCAUUUUUACCAGGUGCAUUAAAUGUGGAUGUUAACCAGCAACAAGUUAACAACAACAGCAACAACAAAAAGAACCAACCGCAAAUCCAGCAACCUCAACAACUAAUUAAUCCUAAUGUUUCAAGAAAUAACUCUCCAUAUUUGUUUAAAAUGGGAUCAAUGUAUCCACCUAUGCCAAUGGGUCCUCCUCCAUCACUUCCCAACGGAAUGAUUCUAUCCCAUCAUGCUCAAGCUGGUAUGAUGAGAAUGCUCAAUUUUGCUCCUAUGCCUCCAUAUUCUUCUGGGGUUCCUUACAACAAUUUUUAUGGUGGUAACUCGAUGUUUAUCAGACCAGAUUAUCCUUCAAGUCAUCAAGCAUUUCAACCAUGGGUGUCCGUCAACAAUGCUGACUUACCAUCUGGGGACAUACCUCAGGCACCUUGGUUCCAUCAUGGCUACAACCACCCUCAACAUCAUGAUCACAUUGAAAGUGCAGGCAAUCAAUUUGUUGAUCACCUCCCUCAAAUUGAUGUAGAACAGGAUUGGAACACUGUUAUGAACUAUUCAGCUGGUGAUGUUUUGGAAACCUACCCCGUUGAAAUAGGUAGGCAGAGAGUUAUGCAAAUGCUCAAUGAAGGAUUGUUUGUCAUGGUCAUCCUGGUUGGCAAUCCUCAAGGAGACAAAUUGAGCAAACUGCAGAUGAACAUGAAUGGAGUGUUUGUGUUGAACCUUCACAAUGGUCCUCCUGGUCCUAACUUGUCACCAAGCAAAUUGAAAGAACAAAGAGAGUGGAACUAUAAACAAGUUGAUCAAUUGGAAAACUGGGCAGGACAUCAAACAAGUUGA